AUGUCGGACUCCUCUUCUCAGCAAGACACUCUACGGGUCCGGCUCAGCUACGAACCACAGCCUUUGAAAUUCGGCACCAGUGGCCGCCGUGGCAAAGUCGUUGAUUUGAGUCAGCUCGAGAUCUACACGAAUGUCGUCGCUGAGAUUGAUUACCUCCUCUCCCUCGAGCCUUCCCAAGGCGGGAUUCGGGUCGGUGAUGACUUUUAUUUUGCGUACGACCUGCGUCCCAGCUCUACCAAGUUCGUCGAGAACCAUCGCGGUGGCAUCUGUCAGGCAGUCGAGCAAGCUCUGAGGGAUAAGGGCAUGUACCCAGUGAAUCUAGGAGCGAUCCCCACCCCCGCACUGACAUCCUAUGCCAUUCAAAACGAGAAAGGUUCCAUUAUGGUCACUGGUAGCCAUAUCCCUUUCGACCGUAAUGGGUACAAACUCAAUACCUCCACAGGCGAGCUGUUGAAAAAGGACGAGCAACCGAUCAACGCCAAUGUCGAACGCGUACGCGAGAAACUCCUCGACGAGCUCUAUGCCGAAUCACCGUUUGAUGACAAAGGCAAUCUGCGCAAUGGAAAGUCGGAUCUUCUGCCCGUUCUAGGCGACGGUCAGGGCGCCUACAUCAGGCGGUACCUGGAUUUCUUUGAAGGCGAGGUCCUUCAAGGCAUGAAACUCCUCGUCUACCAGCAUUCCGCCGUGGGGCGAGAUGUCCUCGUCGACAUCUUGCAAAAACUUGGCGCCCAAGUGACCACCGCGGGCCGCAGCUCCACCUUUGUCCCCAUCGACACCGAAGCAAUCGACGUGGCCCAACUCAGUACCAUCCAAAACCUCUUCGACGAGGCCGGUGCGACCUUCGACGCCGUCGUCUCCACUGAUGGCGACAGCGAUCGCCCGCUCCUCGUUGCCCCAGAAGGUGGCAAGCUUCGGUUCUUCGGGGGUGACCUCCUGGGCAUGAUAGUCGCCGAGUUCCUGGGGGCCGACGCUGUAGUAGUACCCAUCAGCACCAAUGAUGCGAUCGACCGCGGGCCUCUCGCCCCUGCCCUCCAAGCUAAAACAAAAAUCGGGAGUCCAUACGUUAUUGCUGGUAUGCAAGCCGCAGCUGCUAAAGGCCAUCGACGUGUCUGUGGAUGGGAAGCCAACGGCGGGUUUCUCACCGGCUCCGACAUCCACCGUAAUGGUAGAAUACUGACCGCGCUUCCAACGAGGGACGCAGUGCUACCUCUCAUCUGUGCUCUCACAGCCGCAAAUCAACGCCGGAUGCCGAUACCAGAACUUUUUUCAACGUUACCCCUACGGUUUAGCCGUGCUUCGCUGUUACGAAAUUUCCCCCGUUCAACCAGUAUGGAAAUCGUCAGACGCUUUUCACCACCUAAUGCCGCCGUGCAAGAGGUCUCGUACUAUCCGGACCUCGUUACCGUCCAAGACCAAUCUCAAGCUUUGACUCGACCCAGCAAGACGGAUGCGGAGAAACUGGAGCAGAUUCGCAAAGAACUGCAGACUGUAUUUUCGGCCAAAGCUGGCUUCGCUGCAAUCGCAAGAGUGAACUACACCGAUGGUGUGCGUGUUAUUUUUACCAACGGCGACGUAGCCCAUAUCCGCCCGUCUGGCAAUGCCGACGAAUUCCGCAUCUACUCUGUCGCCGACACCCAGACGCGUGCUGACGAGAUUGUUGCUCAGGGUAUCGCGGAGCCGAAUGGCCUUUUGAGACAACUAGAGCAUAUAGUGCAAAAUUCAGCAUCAUCAUAG